AUGACUACCUUGAGCAAUGCGAUUUCUGUAGGUGAACUGCUUGUGAAGAGAGGGAUCAAGUUGGACCCGUGUUGUCAAGCCUGCGGGUUCGAAGGAGAGUCAAUCAAUCACAUCCUUUUCACAUGUCACGUUGCGCGCCAAGUUUGGGCUUUGGCGAAUGUUCCUUCUCCUUCAGGCGGUUUUGAUUUGACCUCUCACUACUCCAACAUUCAUUACCUAUUCUCAUUGGGAUCUAACAAAUCAAUCCCAAACAAGGUACGUAAUGCGCUGCCAUGGAUCACUUGGUUUCUAUGGAAGAACAGGAACAAUCUGAUGUUUGAAGGAAAACAAUCUGCCUUGUUUGAGCUGGUGGAAAAUUUUUUUGUGGAGUCUGAGAUGUGGAGUUUAGCGCAAGUGGAGGAGGAAAAGGAGGACUUAGAAGAACGAGGUGAUGGCACGGCCUGCCAGAAAAGAUGGGUUCCUCCGAGGGGUUGGUUCAAAUGUAACAUUGGCGUGGAUUGGAUGAAAGGCACUCGUUUGGGUGGAGGAGCUUGGGUCUUAAGGGAUGAGAAAGGUAAGGUGAUUCUUCAUGGGAGAAGGGCUUUCUCUGAGAUUGGUAGCUUUCAUGAUGCAAAACUGCAAGUCUUGGUUUGGUUAGUGGAAAGUAUCAUAUCUCAUCACCAAAACAAGGUGAUAUUUGCCUUAGAUGAUGGGACAUAA